AUUGUAUUAUACGUGAGGUACGGGGGCUGAGAGGGGACAGAGCAAAAGCAAAGCAGGAAAGCUGCAGGAGAUGUGAGUGACGGAGGACUAAAUAGAGCCUGUGGGGAUAGAUGAGGAAUAUACCAGAAGUCGCAUUACCUGUGCUUCGUGGAUCGCAUAGCACUGGCUGAGGAUGUCCUAAUAUGCUUUCCGUACACUCUCCCUAACAAAUAUGGCUGCCCUUUUUGCUUCCACUACAGUAUGUCAGUUGAGGGUGCCUCCUGUUGCCUUGUUAAACGGCUACGCCCCUGAGUGUGAUUAGUUAGAGCCAUGAUGUGGGGCCGCCCCUCGCCGGAGCUGGUUGGAGCAGUCAUUGUGGUGUCCUUGUGAAGCGAGCGUGAGUGGUUAUUCUACACCGAGAGGUUGUGGUGGGAUUAACGGUUCGGCCGGUGCAGUGUGUGAGGGGCCUAGUGACUGGCCGAGGAGGUGAAGCCGAGGUGAAUCUGGGACAGGCAGUUGGGAGCUGUCAAUCAUUCCUGGGCCAAAUACUGCAGGUGCCGGGAGUGCUGGCUGUAGAUUUCUGCAGGGAGGAGUGACCGUUCAGUGCUGGGACAGCUAUUGCAUGUGGUUUGCUCAGAGAGACGGGUCUCCCCCCAUCUGCUGCUGUGUCUCAGAGAGGACCCCCCCGUUACUGAGGAAAAGCUGGGGUGCUGCAGGAUGGAGAAGGAGUGUGGCAGAACAAAUGUGCGGCAGUAAAAGGACGAUGGCUGAGCGGGACUCCUAGCUGACACUUGCAGCCCCCCCACAGAGACACUAAGCAUUUAAGCAGGUUGAUCGUCCCGGCACUGCCCACUGCAAGAAUGAGGUUCACCACUGUGGAUUACAUUAUCUUUGUCCUCCUCCUGGUCCUUUCCUCUGCCAUAGGACUGUACUAUGCCUUGAGCGGGGGCAAGCAACGCACCACACAGGAAUUCCUCCUGGCCAAUCGCAGUAUGAGCUUUCUGCCCAUUUCUCUCUCCCUGCUGGCCACCUUUCAGUCGGCAGUAGCCAUCCUGGGGGUACCGUCGGAGAUCUACAGAUUUGGCACCGAGUACUGGUUCCUGGGCUGCUCCUACAUUAUAGGACUGCUCAUUCCAGCCCAUAUCUUCAUCCCAGUCUUUUAUCGGUUAAGGCUCACCAGUACAUACGAGUAUCUGGAGCUGCGGUUCAAUAAAGCUGUGAGAAUCUUCGGGACACUUACCUUCAUAUUUCAGAUGGUGAUCUACAUGGGGGUGGUCCUUUAUGCUCCGGCUCUGGCCUUUAAUGCAGUCACUGGAUUCAGCCUGUGGGGGGCAGUGUUGUCUAUGGGACUGGUCUGCACUCUGUACACAACUCUGGGUGGUCUAAAAGCCGUUAUCUGGACAGACGUUAUCCAGACCCUGGUGAUGUUUGCAGGGCAGCUGGCAGUUAUUAUUGUUGGCACCAUAAAGGUCGGGGGCUUCGAACAGGUGUGGAGCAUUGCCACAGAGAAUAACAAGAUUUCCGGCGUAAACUGGAACCCUGACCCUUUUGAACGUCAUUCCUUCUGGUCUCUGGCGAUUGGAGGUAUUUUCAUGAUGCUGUCCUUGUACGGGGUGAACCAGGCGCAGGUGCAGCGCUACCUCAGCUCUCGCUCUGAGAAGGAAGCCAUCUUGUCAUGUUACGCCGUUUUCCCCUGUCAGCAACUGGUUCUGUCUCUGGGAUGCCUGACUGGGCUAGUCAUGUUCGCUUACUAUAAAAUCAACCCAAGCGCCUACCCACAAGAUAUAUCAGUCCCGGACCAGAUGGUCCUGUACUUUGUGAUGGACAUUCUGAAAGACCUCCCUGGCCUCCCCGGACUGUUUGUGGCGUGCCUUUUCAGCGGAGCUCUCAGUACCAUCUCCUCCGCGUUUAAUUCCCUGGCAACUGUAACUAUGCAGGACCUGAUCAAACCUCACUUCCCCAGCCUGACUGAAUCACAAGCCACUCUGCUCUCCAAGUGCCUCGCGCUUGGUUAUGGUCUCCUCUGCCUGGGUAUGGCUUAUAUCUCCUCACUGAUGGGCUCAGUCUUACAGGCUGCUCUGAGUAUCUUCGGCAUGGUCGGAGGGCCACUACUGGGCGUCUUCUGCCUCGGAUUCUUCUUCCCAUUUACAAAUUCCAUAGGAGCCAUUAGUGGCCUGGCAACUGGGCUUGUUAUGGCCUUUUGGAUAGGAAUUGGCAGCUUUGUCUCAAAAAUACCUUCUGGUCCUCCUCCUCCUCUGCUCAACGCCACCAGCAUUCCUGACUUUGGGAAUCUCACUACAACUGUGAUGACCACAUUGCUAACCUCUCCAACAGCCAAGACCAGUGUGUCCGGCCUUCAGAAGUUCUACUCCCUCUCGUACAUGUGGUACAGCGCUCAUAACUCCACCACCGUGGUCAUUGUGGGGCUGAUUGUCAGUCUGCUUACAGGGCCAGCAAAGGGGUGCGAUAUAAACCCCCGCACAGUCUACCUGGUCCUUCCCAAGCUGCUGUUUUUCUUACCAGAGAGGUACAGGGAGAAGCUUCGAUAUGGGGUGCCACACAUUGCAGAGGUAGGAGACUGUCUGUCACCCAGACUAUUACAGGACGAGCCGAGCCCUCCCCAUGACUUGGUUACGGAGAAAUCCUGCAACGGUUUCCUCAAUGGAAAUGCAAAGGUCUCCGAGAAGGAGGAGAUGGAGGAGAAGCUUUCUGGCUUCACUAGAUCAGACACUGGACCAUCAUACGUAGUACAGGAGACCUCCCUUUAAAGUGCCUCCUGAUUAUGGAAUGAACUGGGAUACGAUAGAAAUGACUGAUUGGGCCUUGUUUGUACCCAACCUCUCUCCUUAUAGGCUGCCUUUCCAAAGCAGAAAGUCUCUGUCUCCGGGUCAAUGGUUCUUUUGGAGCUUCUCCAUGGUCCUGCAAAUUCACAAUGUUUAUGGUGAAGCACAAUGAGGCUGAUCCAAGCUGCUCUUCUUUAGAUAUCCUUUGUCUCAGCCUCUCAAUCUCCGCCUCCAAACUCACCUACAGGCAACUUGUAGCUUGUCCUCGUGUGUUCUGGGCAUAGUGCUGACAUUUAGUACUUGGCAUGUUUGCUGUCAACCUAGAGUAGAGUUCCACCAGAUUACCGUUCUGCUAUCAUCUACGCCAUUUAUCGUCUCUAAAUUCACGGCAUCCAAAGUUAUCGUUGACCUCAGUAAGUCUUUGUUAUUUUGAUGGCAAAAUCUUAAUCCAAAACGGUCAGUUCAAUUGAAAAAAAAAACGCACAAAAAUGUUAUGGAAUUAUAAAUGUGCCAUAUUAACUUACACUGUGCAUUUGUUCUGAGUUCUGAGAACUGUUUAGUGCUGGGCUGAAAAGGAACUUGAACAUACUCCCAAGGUUCUCAAAAACAUUGUGUUUCUAUACAGCAUUGUAUCCAAAUAUCCUCCCAGAAGCCUCUUCUCAUGCAUUGUGAGGCAUCACAACCCAACAGCUUUAAGAACUCUAGGAUUUGCAUUGCAGUCCUUUCGGUCCUCAUUGUCCACUAUUUCUUAAUGCAGUUUUUCUUUCUAUCCGGUGCUCCUUGUGCUUUUAUUUGUGCAGCUGGGCCACACUAUUGUCCUAGGGCCACACUAUUGUCCUAGGGCCACACUGCUGCCAAUAGGUUUAAGGAAUCUGAUAGAGUCCCGCUCACAACAUUUGAUGAUGUUUGUUCUGUUCAUUGAUAUGAAAGCAACCGGUGAACCUUCAGAUGAACUUGUCUGGGACUGGCUGAUCAGUUGUGGUGCCUUCACCUAAUACAUAUUGUUGGAAAUCCAGUUUUGGUGCAGAAGGUCCAACUAUAAGGGCACUAGCAUUAGACAUUGUAUCCAUGAUUUACCUUUUGUUGUAUAGUGGAAGGUUCCAAGGUUUGUGCUCAGUCUAGUAUCUCUGUUGCUAAGGCUGUUCCUGCCCAAAGUGUUGUGCCUUCUUGAAUGGCAGUGCAUUACAAUUAGGGAUCACUGGUGCCUGUGGGUGCUAUAUAAAGGCUGGUAGAAGUCCCAUGAUAUACCAAGUACUCAGUUGAUUCUGGCGCUUGGUUCCUCCAGGCUUAUGCCCCCAGGCAAUGAUGGGUCCUUGGGUUGAGAAGGUACAUUUUAGAGUAAUAUACAUUAUUCAUUGUGAUGGGUCUGUAUACAUUUGGUGCCUUCUUUGUUCAUGUAAUUAUGAUGGAAAGAGACCGCAACAUGCUUAGCGACCGCUCACGCACAAUAUUUAUAGAUGGAGCAGUCUCUUCUAUAAAUGCUAAGAAGUUGAUCAAAACUCUACUGUACGUCAUACAUUAUUGAGGACCGUAGUACUGUGUCUGUGUGUCUGACUGUGUGUUACCACUGAACAGGGUUGUAAAACCUUUACUUUGCCCCAUAUUUUUUUUUUUUUAGAACACGGAGGCAAAACUGGCAGGAUUGUAACAGAUAUAUUUUCUUGUGCUGCUUGCUUAAUAAUUAAUAAUUGUUUUCCCCUUUUCUGCCCUCUUGCAUCUUGGGUGCCUGAUCUGUGGUGCCGGGCCUUUCAUAAGUCCCCUGUUGCAAUGCGAGUUCUCCAUUUAAUGGUUUAGCACUGGAUGAAUAUAUUAUAGUACGGGCAUCUCAUACUUUAGGGACUUAAUCAGGCCAAGACUAAAAUGUAAAGGUAAAUACAGCGGGGUUAUUGGCCUCGUUAGUGUGAUGUCAGCAGUGCAUCUAAAUUACAAGCCCAUUACUGACACUGGUCCAGUUGAAGUUGAAGUCGGUAUUCAUUGUGGUAAUGGGAUCACUUAGACUGGGGCCAAUGCAGAUCCUGUUCUGAGUGUUUGGUCCAACUGGGACCAACUUUUGACUUCAUUUAAUGGACCGUGUUACACAAUCAGACUGUGGAUCCAACAUCACCUGGCUUCAGUGGGCAGGAGAACCUCCUCAGCUUUGGGCUUGAGAGAUUCCAGUCUGACACAGAAUUGGACAUUCUAACCUGUUUGCUGGAUGUAGAACUUGCUAGAAAUACAUGUUGGGUAUGACUGAGGCUUGGGAAGAAUGUCCCAGGCGGUGACUGGCCAGUAGGAGAGAUUCUGCUACUUUUGCAGUUCAUUCUGAACCUGGCGUCUCUCUACCAGUCUAAGCUGCCACAUCUCAUUAACACCACUUAAGGCCCCCAAACACAGGCUGAUAAAAGCUGCAGACAGACCUAGUCGGCAGCUUAUUGGCCCGUGCGUGGGGCCAUCCAUCGGGCUUCCCUGGUCGAAAGUUGGCCAGAUCUCAAUCGGGCAGGUUAAAAAAUCCCGUCGGAUCGCAGCCGCAUCUAUAUGUCUUUGCGGUCCCGUGAUCCGACCACCCGUAUCUGAUCCAUUAUGAUCCGCUCGUUGGGCCUUACAUCGCCAAACGAGCGGCUCUCUACAUCUAUUGCCACCUUAACAGAUGGUCCGAAGGAUGAACAGGGAUUUAAAGUCGAGCAGAUAUAGCACCAAAAAUUCCCCCAGACCAGAGAGGCUGCUCAAUGUGUUCCUCUAGCAGUAUGUUUCACUCUUUCCCAUUAAAUAGUCAAUGGUUUCUUAAUGCAACUUUUUGUAUUUCUUAUUAUUGCCACAUGCUGUUCUGUCAUGCUGUUGGCCAUUUCAAAUCACUAAAUGUUAUACAUGGGUAAUCUCUGAUAUUGACCGAUAUAUAUGUGUUCCCAUGAGCAGCGAUUUGUCCUGCAAUAACCAGUUUCUCCUGCAGGAAGAAGUUAGUUUAAGGUUAUCCUUGAUACAACAUUAAAUAUCAGAAAAGAAUAAAAAUGUUUUCUAUAAAUUGCUUAUUCAAGGGGGAGUGCACCUUUUACCAAUAAUUAAGAAAUGUGUAUUUUUUUUUUGUUACUUUUAGCACUAAAAUCUUAAAAGGAAAUAAAAAUCACAUUCUACUUCCUGUUCCCAACAAGCACAGUCGAAACAAGUCAACAGUCCUCAUUAUAUAAACAAUGGCCUUUGAGUCUUCUUGUCAGCCGCUGAUUUGUUUCUUGUGCUCGUUGGGAACAGGAAGUAGAAUGUGACUUCAUGUUCAGUUUCCCCGUUUAGUACAAGAAAUAACAAAAACAAUACACAAAACAACAGGCAAAACCUAUUUUAAACACAAGUUUUAUUCGCUGUUCUAAUGUUUAAAAAGUUCUAUACUGACCUAAAAAUAUUUUUGGUGGAUUCUUUUUUCAGUUCCCCUUUACUUGUGUUUUGUGCCCUUCUGUUGAGAGUUCUAGUUCUGUGCCCAGGUUCCUGUACACUAGUGGGGUACGUCGACUAUGAAUUCUGUAAAUUAUAUUUUUCCCCAAGAGCCUAUUGUGUAACUAUAAGAAAACAUAUUUGUUUUAUACUGGGCAGUUCUGUCUGCCCUUAAUGCCCCUGUGUUGUUGGCCAGUACUCCCUAUGGUGCACUCAUUGCCUUGGGUUGUUUGAGGUUUCAGAAAGAAGACAGGUAUGUGUAUAAUCGGCGAGUGAUCUUUCCGUGUGUGUGGAUUAAUGUUGUUGAAACUGGAAAUUACUAUAUAAAUGAGAAAAUUAAAGGAACAGGAGAAGAUAUAGUUCCUCCAUGUUGAAUUUAAAUAAUAUGACUUUAAGAAUGAUCUAUGUAAUGCACCGUGUUUGCUUCCAAAAAAAAGAAAUGAUAUACGUCUAAAGUAUUGUACAAGGUAAAGUGUAGCCACAAAUGGUUUAAUAUAAGAAUAUUGCAAUACCGCGUGCAUGGAAUGGGCGACCGGUUCAUUUAACGCCAUGGUAACUGUGUAUAUUUUCUACAACAAUGCAAUGUGAGUGGCGUCACUUACACCAAGAGUAAUUUAUGUUUAUGCACAAUUUGUUCAGUUCUUAUUGAGACCAUGAUCCUAGUUAAUACUUGAUUUGAUUGAACUUUGCCCCCCAUUGAUUCCUGUGAGUGUGUGUGACAGUUCAAGAUCAGUACUAGGCCGCUUGAGUAGAAUUCUACCAAGGAGGCGUGUCUUACUGCAUCUUCUGCUCAGGUUGCAACAUAUCGUUUCGUGUAACGUUUCAGCCGAGUCUUUCUUUUGCUUCUUGUGAGAUGUUGUGUCCUUUGUAUUUCGGCUUUGGGCUCAGUAAGCGACCAAGCCAACAUGAAACCAAUUCAUUCCUCUCGGGGAUUGUUAAUUGCACUGAAAUUUGCCAAACAUUAUAUGUUUGCAAUAAAGAAUUUCAUGUUUAUAAAAUGUGUUAAAUUCUCCUUUCAGCUUCGUUGUCAUUCCAUGAUUUAUAUGUAAAGAUAUUUUGGUGAUACAAAGAGCAAUAAAAUUGUGUCAAAGCAAUUCCUUUGUCGCCUCCCCCUCUUCUUCUGUACAAUCGAUACAAUUCCAGGAGCCUGGGCAGAUGGAUAAUUGUGCCCACAUCUUGGGUGAAGAGGAUUGUGGGUGUCAUGGGUUGAAAUUUAUAGUAGAUCUGAUUGAAUGUGACAUAGUCGUGGUGAGUAAACCCUUCAGCCCAGUAGUCAUGGAAGGGCCCCGCUUUAGAGUCCUGCAUUGAGUCUGGUACCUGCGGAAUACCCACAAAAUGGCCAGAAAUUUUAGAUUCCAUCAUCGUGCGGGAAAUCUGCAGGUGAUCCACCUGGGUAAGGUGUGGGACUGGUCUCUCCGUGCCUUCCCUUAAGUUAGAACACAAUUUGUCCGUUACCCAUAUGAUUAGACUCUGAUGUGAUGUCACUUCCGGUUCACAGUGACACCACUUCAGGUUUUGCGGGCCCUGGCAGUUGGAAAAGUCUUUCGGUUCGUGAUAACAGAACAGGGAGGUGGGACUUUAGAGGGUAGGGGUUUUUAUUAGUUGACGGGGUUGAAUUCUCCUUUAAGCUGCCAUAUAGAUGAAUAUCAGGUCUACUGCUAAGAAGCCUAUCUGGUAUAGACUAUGAUAUCCAGUAGAAAGUUGACUCCUCAAGUAAAUCAUUGUACAAUUUCUAUAACAUAUAUGAGCUUAUGUAAUAUAAAGCACUAAGUUUGAACAGGAGCAGUAACCAAUAGCAACCAAUCAGCAGACACCAUUUACUGGUCACUUGUUUAAAAGCAAACAUCUUAUUGGCUGCUACGGGUUACUGCUCCUGGACAAAUUUUUUUACAGCGGCUCUGGAAAGCACUUUCCCAUAUCUCCUGUGAGUGAGUUCUGCACCAGUUUUCUUUUGAUUUUGUGACAGUAAGUCACAAGAACAAGAGGUCAUUUACUGAGGGCACUGGUGAAGUUGGGAAGAAUGAUGUUCUUGGAUCAAGUUGAUGUUCCACACAGAUGUGUUUGGAUUGCAGGGAACACACAUGCUACGUAUGGAAAACCAUAAACCCACAAAUCGAAUAAGCAAAUGCAAAUGGUUCUAUAGGAAAGAGACAUUUCAAGCUGAGACGUCCCUGCAGUUGGGUUAAUGAUCCUGUGCCUCGUGCAGAAGAAACUUCAGGCUCAUCUCUGUCUCCAUGUAUCUGAAUUUAUGGAAAGGAAAGUGCAAUGUGCCUGUAGGGAGUGCAUUUCCUCUCUUCAUUUGGCCUCUUUGAUUUUGCCAAUUAAAAACAAUGGCUGGAAUUCAA